AGCUAUCAUGUAACACCCGAAGCCAUUCAAGCCGACCUGACAGCCGGAAAGGACCUGCCAUCAUGGAUCUUUUCAGCUUAUGGACCAGGCAAGAACGCCCCGAAACAGCUCUUUGGAGGCCCGUUGCGCGAGCAGAGUUUUGAAGAGAUGCGACUGCGCCACUAUGAAGCCACUGCUGCAGGUAAUAUGAACCAGGCCGUUGAAGAGGCCCAGAAACUACACGAAGAGACGACGAACCAGAUCCGCGUGAUCUUGAACGACCUCAACGGCGCGGUCAAAUAUGUCCUGGCAGGAGAGAACGAACACCCAAACCGGAUUGAUAUCGCCGAGGGAAAACCAUCUACACAGCAACCCGCAUUCGGUCAGCCAAGCGCUACGCCUACGCCUACGCCUACGUCUUCAUCGACUCCGGCAUUUGGCCAGCCUUCAUUAUCUGCGCCCGCUUUUGGACAACCGUCAAAUCUAGGCGCACCAAAGCCAGCCUUUGGCCAGCCAUCGGCAUUUGGACAACCCUCUACGCUUGGGUCUGGUCUCGCAAAACCAGCUUUUGGACAGCCUUCUUUUAGCCAACCGGCAUUUGGCCAACCAUCAGCACCCAGAGCUCCAGGGUUUGGGCAACCCAGGGCCGGACCAUCGCCAUUCGCACAAACUACCCAAGCUAAUCCGUUGGCACAGGGCGGAGCGGCGCCUUUUGGCCAGGCUCCUGCCCCUUCUCCAUUCGGCCAGGCCGCUGGCCAGACGAGUAUAUCGCCAUUUGCACAGAUUAGUGGCCAGCAGAAUGUAUCGGCUGGUGGCGGAUUUGGGCAAUCAUCAGCACUUGGUGGUGGUGAAGGUGGAUUCGGCCAACCGUCUCAACCUGCGGCUUCACCGUUUGGUCAACCUCAGCAGCAGACUCAGGCGCCUUCACCGUUUGGACAAGCGCCCAGUGCAGCAGCGCCAGGUGGAUUUGGCCAGCCAGCGGCUGCAGCCCAGCCAGCGAAACCUGGGGCCCCCAGAGCGCCGCUUGGCCCAAAACCAGUUAUCAGAGUUGAGCAAGGCGAGCUCAACCCAAUCCCCGAUCUCGCAGGCGAGACCGUUCGAGACCGGAUGACACAGAAGAUCAUUCAAUGGAAAGGACGGCCGGUUGAGUACAAGGACGGCCAGCCGCGAUAUCUCCAUCCUCAGGACAACAAGACGUGGGUGCGCAUUUUCUUCCCCGAUGGACCGCCCGAAGUUGCUACACUCGGCGACUGUGCCGGACCAGAAAACGAGUACACGCCGGCCGUCACGGAACAAUAUCAGUUUUUUGUACAGAAUGGGUACUUUAAAGACGGGCGUUUCCCGUUUGUGCCGCCUAAAACAGAGUUUGUCUCGUUUGACUUUUGA